CGUUAUGACCUGAACUUGUAUGACAUUCCCAUCAGCAGUGACUUAGCCCCCCUUCCCCCACUUGGUCCCGUCAGCCCAGUUCUGGUUGAUUUUGGUGAUGAGGAAGGUAGUUUGGUUAAUAUUGCCUGGACUUGAGUGGCCCCACCAGCAAAGCGGAACGACCUUCCUCCUCAUGUAAAUCCCAGCAGAACUGGGCUGAUGGGAGCAAAUGGGGGUAAAAGUCACCGCUGUCAUACAUGAUCACAUCAUAACAUCCCAACUAUCCUUUUAAGGGAAGCCAUCACACAUCAGCGAAAACACGGUCUUGUGUUUUCAUACAUUUUGGGUGCGAGUUUGUGUCUUCAACUGAACUAACGUACUUUUUUUGGAGAUGCUGAAGACAGGUUGGUCUUGAAUCAUCCUAAGGGUUAAUUCUCUAACUGUAGUAGAGUGAAGAUCGUACAAGUUGUCCUAAGCAGUGAAGCCAAUGUUGACACAGUUUAACUUAGGUAAAUGUUUGUAACACUGAAGGCAUGUUAGUCUUUCGCUAAUAUCAUAUAUGUUUUUGUAAACAAUGAGUCAAUAUUGAAGAUAGUCCCUUCAGUGAACCCGGAUGAUUCUGAUGACCUGAAUACAAAGUCUAAUCUUUAUGGAGCAAAGAAAAGAUCAUGUUUCACACUCCAGGAAGUUGUGUUUGAUUAACCUCAUCAAACUACUCAAGCGGUGGACUUCCUCAGCGGAAGCAGCAAAGUGCCCAAAAGUGGCUUUACUCUGGCUUCCUUGUCAUCAGAAUAGAGCGCUAUCAACUAAAGCCAUGUUGCUGUCAAAUGAAAGCUGUCACUAAAACGCGAGAAGCCGCCUUCCUACUUGUGUGACAACUCACCAUGGCAGCGCCGCUAGGUGGUCCAACACCACCACCAAUGGAAGGAAGAAAGGCAGAAGAUCUUUUUGCUGCUUCUUGUGACUUCUUACUGAGUCACACCAACGCCUGCUGAGGGUUGCACCUCUGCUGGUUACUUAUUAACCCAGCAACAACAGAAGUCUCACUGGCUUGAGAAGGCGCUGCUACUGGGGUUGGCCUGAAUUCAGUUGCUGCACUUUCAUUUCCUCGUUUCCUGAACAAAACUCAGCAAAAAAAAAAAACACUACCAGGAAACAUUUGAUUGUUUUAGCAACUCUUUGUGACUGCUGAUCCAGGGGGAGGAAUGUGUGAGGUCAAAGGGCGCUCGAGACAGCUGAUUGACUCUGUUCGCUUGAUGACAUUAACUUUUGCAGCAAUGCUCCAUGUUAAUAGCGGUGUGUUGCUCGAGGGCGGGCGGCAGUGUGAUUUCCCCCAACACCCUUGUCGCCCAGAAUUUCUGGUGGUAGUCCAGCUAGAGGUGAUAAUCGUGCAAGUGAAUAAUAUAUAACAUGGAGAAAAUAAAUUAGCAUCUUACAGAAUUCUACACCUUUUUAAAAUGCUUCUAGCCAUUGUUCAUAUUCUAUAAAAUGUGUUCAAAUUUGUGUUACACGGUGGAGGCCUCCGUUAUUCAGGGUGAAUGGCAUUGGUUUUGACCUGUCAUGAAUACCAACUGCCACUAGGGGCAGGUGUUAGUCAACACCGAUCAAACAGGAGGCAGGAAGGAGCGUCACUGUCGUAAAAUCGACCUGAAACAUUCCGUCGCUGCUGUGGCGUAAAUGUGCAUCUUAGACAAAACCGAAACGUUUACAACUAUUGUGUAAAUGGUGGCGUCGGGAUUAAUAUGUAUUUGUGACAUUUGUUUAUCUACGGGGACAAACAAAGGAAAAAGUUUUCACCAAUCACAGGCCGCGGCACAGCCUCGUCAUUUAGUAUCGGGUGACACGAUUGGUUGAAGCGGGAGGGGACCCUGUUGCGCACUCAAGAGCACAUCCACAGAAAAAGUUGGCGAGAUUUAAAAAAAUAUUUUUCUGCAAAAAUACCCCGCGUCUUGUAUUUGGAUUAUUUGCUCUUUUUGUCUCGAAGGAAGAAGCUCACAAAUGAGAAACUAAAGUCCGGCGUGCGUCAUGAUAAUCGGACAUCGACGCUAAAUGCGACUUUUAAAAGGCCUUCCUCCCCCGCUGGACCGAAGAGAAAGUUAGCCAAAAGCUGUGCGCCAUCAUGCUGGGAAAUGUCGGCGUUUACGCGGUGAAGAGGAGGAAGAAGCCCGUUCAGAAGAACGCCCCGCAACCGCCCACGAAGACCAACCCGUCCAAGCGGCACCGGGACCGGCUCAAUGUGGAGCUGGAACGCCUGACCAGCCUGCUGCCCUUUUCCGAGGAGAUCCGCGGCCGCCUGGACAAGCUGUCAGUGCUGCGGCUCAGUGUGGGAUACCUCAAGGUCAAGCACUACUUCCACGACGACCUACACAGCAAAAUUGCUGCGCUCCCUCCUGAUGCGCAGGCGGUGUCCCUGGAUGGCGUCAGGUUCUCUGAAGGCGAGCUCCUCCUGAAGUCUCUCUGCGGCUUCGUCUUGGUGGUGACGAGAGAUGGCACCGUCUUCUACGCGUCUCCCACCAUCCAGGACUUCCUGGGCUUCCAUCAGUCUGAUGUUGUGCAGCAGAGCGUGUUGGACCUGGUCCACGUUGACGACAGAGAGCUGUUCAGCUGCCAGCUACAGCUCGGCGUCCACCUCAGCGACACGCCAUCCCACGCCGGCUGCAGCGCUACCAGCAGCUCCAGUCUUCUUCCGCCGGAGGACUCCUUCUUCCUGGAGAGAAGUUUCUGCUGUCGCCUUCGCUGCCUCCUGGACAACACGUCUGGGUUCCUGGCUCUCAAGUUCUCCGGCCACCUGAAGUACCUGCAGGGCAAAGCCGAGGCUGACGGGAGUCCUCAGCUUGCUCUCUUCGCCAUCGCCACGCCUCUGCAGCCGCCCUCCGUAAUGGAGAUCCGCACCAAGACGCUAAUUUUCCAGACCAAACACCGGAUGGACUUUGGUCCCAUGGCCAUCGACACCAGGGGCAAGCUGGUGUUGGGCUUCUCUGAGACGGAGUUGAUCACCACCAGAUCGGGCUACCAGUUCAUCCACGCCGCUGACAUGAUGUACUGCGCCGACAACCACCUCAGGAUGAUCAAAACCGGAGACAGCGGCUUCACUUUCUUCCGUCUGCUCACCAAGGCAGGACGGUGGUUGUGGGUUCAGGCCAAUGCCAGGGUUGUCUUCAAGGACGGAAGGCCCGACUUCAUCAUCGCUAGGCAGAAGCCUCUCACAAAUGAAGAGGGAGAGGAUCACUUCCAGCGUAGAAGACAGCAGCUUCCGUUCAACGUGUCCACAGGAGAAGGAGUCCUCUAUGACCUUGAAACCUUUUCCAUCCCUCCCAGCCCCCAGGAUCCCCCCACAGACAAGCCACUGGAUCCCAGCUCCAUACUGGGGUCCUUAUGCCGCCAGGACCGGUCUCUGUACUCCCAGCCUCAGCUUCCCGCCACAGAACCCCACAUCUUCUCUCAUGCGGACGAUCAGGAGCCUGACCAAUCCCAGCAGACUUUGGAGCGGGCCUUCCUGGACAGCCACGCCCUGCUCAGCGUGCCGGGUCAGCUGUGCUCGCCUCAUGAGGAGAGGCCCUCCGUUGGAGACUUCACAUCACAGGCCAUGCUGGACUCGCUGGAGCAGAUCCUGGGAGACAUCGGGGACGGGGUCCUGGAAGGUCUGGAGGUUGAGCAGAGGGAGCUGAGGGAUUGGGAGAGCACCAUCCUAAGGAUGAAUCACCACAGGGAACUCGGUCACAUCCUGGCCAAUGACGUGUUCUCCUAUGUAGAGGAGGCGCUCAGGAGGGAGACGGGAGGAGACAUGAAGACCUCAGGAGUGGAAACACCUCAGCUUCCUGCUUCCAUGCCUUUAUACUCUUUACAGAAGAAUUCAACACUCUUUGACAGUGGACAGGAAGUUCUCACCAACACUCACUUGGGACACAUCUGGCCUGCUGGUGUUGCCGCGCACCACUGUGGCGACCACACACAGCCUGCACACUCCUGCCACCGAGAAACACCCACCCUCACCUGUCAGACCUGGCAUCCUUUGGAAGCAAACUCCCUUUCUACCCACACCGGGUACCACGCCCACCCUCCCCAGCGCACCGGGUACCACGCCCACCCUCCCCAGCACACCUCCUGGCCUCCGUUUCACCAGCACAACAUCAUGUCGCAGUCGACCAGCAGCUGCGUAUUUGAGCCUCCCCUCCCUCAGGCGGGUUCAAACUGCGCCUUCACCUGCCCGCAUGCGGUGGGAGGAGCACUGAACGCCGCUGCAGCUGAAGCACAGAUUCACACAGCUGUGCUCAAUCAUGUGAGCGACGAGAUCCCAGGACAGUCUUUUGGAAAGGGAUCAUUGCGGUCCACCUUCUUCUGCUGGAACGGUCCAGCUGAGAUUCCCAAAGCGUCCCUCAACCCGUACGUCUUUCCAGGUCAUCCUGCUGGAAGCGUCAACCUCUCCCAGAAGCCUGAGCCUCCCGUCUGAACCGUUAAGCGGACCGCCAGCAAAUAAAAGAGCCCUCUCUUUUCAAACGGGCUGUUGCUGUUUUAUGGCCUUUUUUCUGGAAUUCUGCUCAAGUGGUCCUCUCCAUCACGCGGAUCAGGAAGCACGUCGGAGCCAACAGGACCUGUGGCGGUCCAGACCAGAAGGAAACCUGUGGUGAUGUGAUGUGGUUUGGUUCUGUGAGCUUUGGAAUUACUUUGUUGGCUGCGCCAGGUUAGUUUUGUUGAAAACUCCAAUUGCUAAAUGAUCUGGCAGAUUUGAAAUAAUAAUAAUAUCAUACUAUAUGUAUAGUAUUCCACACAGUAAGAUGCCUUUACAAGCCAAAUCAUAUCACGACUUUGUACAAUGCCUCUUGUCAGUGCACUAAAGAAAACAUUUCACACUGAACGAAAGGAAUGUAAACAUUCGUUGUUGCUUGCAAAGCAUGCCUUUUCUACCUGAAAGCACUUCCUGUUUUGCUAUGUACCAAUGUACAUUUUUUAUUAUACAAAAUGGUCAUGGAGUUUGGAGUUUGUACACAUUGUAUAAUGACUGUAAAUAGAAAAUGUGAAUAAUAGAUGAAAGUGACAGAAACAUUGUAGAUAAGUACAGCAGAUACCCACACAUUACCAACUUUGCAUUUUACUAAAAUAUUUUGCACAGAAAUCUCAUUAACCGCGAGUCAGUAAAAAUGUAGAAAUAGCUGAUAAUACAGGUCAAAUGUACAGCAUGCGUGUGCCAAUUUAGAAAAAAGUUUGUAUUUAUGCUUCACUCAUCUUUUUUUCUUGUGUCAAAAAUAGACAUUUUAAUUAUU